AUGCCACUGGACCCUGCUCUGAAGCAAUUGCAAAUCAAGGUUGGCGCAGCAAAGCGCACGAAGAAGGAGUAUGAGGCCUACGUGAAGGAGGAGGGCACACAGCGUUCAAAGAUCGACGCGAUGAGAACGACGGGUGAAGAGGAGGCGGACAUCAAGAAGCAGAUGGAAGUCUUGAAUGACACCCUGACAGUCCUCCCUGACGCCCGGCAUCGGCUUCAGAAGUAUGCCACCGAACUACGCGACUUUCUGGCUGAGAGCCACCAGGAAGUCCCGGUGGUCGAGGGUGAGGACCCUGAGGUACAAAUCAUCCUGGAAGCACGGCAGCUGCUGAGGGAGGUCGACCAGACAUUGGGCACACAGACUGCCGAGGAGGAACCAGCCGAAGACGUGGCUGGCACUGGUGGAACCGCAGACGUUGGAGACUUCUGA